CUUUAAUGGAUUUAUUAAGAGAGGAUGGCGUGACAUUUAAAAUAUGAGUGGGAAGUCCAGCCGCCAAAUAGUAGCAAAAGUCCAACAUUAUUAUCGAAAAUGUUGGAUGAAAGUUCAAAAUGAAUUUGAUAUUUAGACCCAUUUUUCUCAUCAAUUUGAUUUCGAACGACGUUCACCAUUCAAAAAAUUGAAAUGUUAUAGUUCAACGGUCAACAAAGUGAGAAUAUUGGAAUAUUAAGUCUUAUCAAUUUUCUUCAAUACCUCCAAAAUUUUAAUGAUUUCAACUUUUGAAUUUAAAACGUAACGUAUAUUUCAGUUAAAUCACAGCUGGAUAGAGUAAUAAAUCAUUUAAUUACUUUCCUUAAUUAAUUCUUCUACUUGACCAUGCAUGCAUAUAAUUUCAUAGCAAAGAAGCUUGACUCUCCCCCAACUGAUCAUUUCCAUUUGACUCAUUGACUGAAGUCCGUUCUUCUCUUUUUUUCUCUUUUUUGGAUAAUGCUGAAGUCCAUUCUUAAUUGUUAAGUACUAGCUAGAGUGAGUUUGGAGACCAAAAUGCAUUUAAAGAAUGGUGGAAGGGCUCAUUUGGAGAUGAAGGAUAAGUAGGAGGACUAAAGAAGCACAAUCCAAAGAAGGAGGAAAAAAGGAAAGAAAAUUAAUAAGAAUGUGGACCCACUCCUUCAGGCAAAAUCUUGAAGAGAAAAAUGACGCGCUUCCCUUCGUCGGUUUUACGUUUUUUGUUCUGAAGCUAAAUAACGGCAUCCCCUCAUGAUUGUAUUUUGGUCGCUUUCUUAACAUCCUCUCUUCUUAGCCAUAGCUUGUCACCUUUCCUCUUUGUCUUCCCCUUCAUUUCUUCUCCUCCUCCACUUUCUCCCUUCGCUUUCCAUUCCACCACCAACCCUUUCUCUUCACAAAAAAAUGAAGUCUCGUAACUCCAGCUCUACCACCCUUGUCCACACACCAGCGGCAGCGCUCAAGGUGGCUCAAAACAACAAGAGAAGUAGUUCCUCUCUCAAAAAUCACGGCAAGGGUGUUGUGAAAGAAGCUGGCGGCAGCGGCGAAGGAGAUCAGUCGGAGCAACAGGUUCAUAUAUGGACGGAAAGGGAGAGGAGGAAGAGGAUGAGGAACAUGUUCACCAAUCUUCAGGCCUUACUCCCUCAACUCCCUUCCAAGGCGGACAAGUCGACCAUUGUGGACGAGGCAAUAAGCUACAUCAAGACCCUCCACCAAACCCUCCAAACCCUCGAGAAGCAGAAGCUCGAAAAACUCCAAGGACUCCUAAACCUCGACAGCGAGCCGUCUGCAGUUUCAGUGAUCACCACUUCACAAGCCGCAACACCACAGCUACCAUUUGCAGUAGCAGCCGAUCAAUCUUGUACGAGGGAAGCCUUCAUGGCUUCUCAAGGGCCGUCGAAGCCCUUCCCUCCGCCGUCGAUGAUCACUACAAGUACUCCACCGUCAGGUUUCCAGACGUGGUUUUCUCCCAACGUGGUGCUCAACAUGUGGGGGCAAGAUGCCCAAAUAUGUAUUUGUUCGGCGAAGAAGCAAGGGCUGCUUGCUACCAUCUUGCAUAUACUGGAGAAGCACGGCUUGGAUGUUGUCUCUGCUCAUAUCUCCACGGACCACCAUCGGUGCACCUACAUGAUUCAUGCCCAUGCAGGUGGAGGUGGCUGCAGGCAGUUUCCAGAGUCGUCGUUGUCGGUGGAAGAUACGUUCAAGCUCGCGGCUGGAGAGAUGAACUUGUGGUUGAUAUCGUGUUGAAGAUGAUGCAUCAAGUCCCGCAAAGGAUUGACAUGCUAAAACCUAGAGAGGGGUCAAGAAGAUGAGACGCAGUAGUGUUGGUUUUUAGAUGCUGAAGUUUCAUUCAUAAUAUAGACAUGCAAAUUUGGGGCGAUUAAUUUUGAGUGUUAUGUUCUGUGUUUGAUGUUUAAUAUCUAGACAAAGAAGAUUCUAUUUAGGGAUGGCAAAAAUAUCCGUAACCGUGGAUAUCCGCCCGAACCCAGCCUAAUCGGGUAGGGUAAAAUCCAAACCCGAAGGACAUUUAGUGGGUACGGGUAAAACCCGAACCCGAAUAUUGCGGGUAAUGGGUGGGCAUGGGUUUCUCAUUAUCCAACCCGAACCCGCCCGAUUAUACACAUACAUAUGUAUUUUGUCUAGAAAUAGUCAUUAUUUUUCUCUAACAUAUUUUAUAUUUAGCAUAUAAAUAUAAUAUUUUCAUGAAAUUGUGUUGUUUUAAUUAAUUUUCUUCAUUCUAGUGAAUUAUUGUCAUACUUUUCCUCUUGCGUAAUGUGAGAAUACGUGUGAAUGUUAAAUAAUUAGUUGGAGUUAUGAAGAGAAAUCAUUACCCAUGGAUAGCCGUGGAUACUCGAAACCCGAACGGGUAUGGGCAUGGUUUUAAUUUUGUACCCGUUUCAUAUGUGGGUAUAGGUAUGGGUAAAACCCGAACUACUUUGGGUAGGGUAACGGAUAUGCACUAUCCGUCCCCGACCCGACCCAUUGCCAUCCCUAAUUCUAUUGGUUAAAUCAUAGCUCUUGUAACUAUGUGUUUUUCCUUUGCUAUGAGUGGUAGAACGCCCUUGUUUUUUUAAACGGUUGGUGGAGCUAGAGUUGUUCCAAAAUUUUCAGAUUAUGAUUUCAUUAUAUUUGAUUGAUUUUUCAUUCCACUUCUUUUGUUAUUCUAGCUUCCAUAGUUUCGGCUUUGACCCAAGUGAGAAAUCUGUGGUUAUUUGCUAGUAUAAUCCUAAGGAAAAAUAUGUAAUUAGUGUAGUUGGAUUAAAGACGAGAGUGUCUUUGCCUCUUUCUUAACUAGGUCAAGAAACUAUUUGUACUAAUAGGAUGAUUAUAUAUGUUAUCUAUGAAAUUUUUUACAAUUAAAAUAUGAGAAACGGGAAAUAUCAUAGUGUAGCUAGUUUGUUGAAGACGAGAAAUUGCGGGCAACACUGUAGGAAUUGAGAUAGGACAAGAAUUAGAAUUGAAAAUCGGUUACUUUGAUCGUCAUACUACAUGGUCAUCGAAGGUCAGCCUGAACAUUCGGUCAUGGUGGCACUGCGCUAUCAUUUCUUCCAUUGUCUCGUGUUUUUUCGCCGCCUAGCAAAACAAUGGAAAUCAAGUUGGAUGACUCGUAAUGUUGGUUUUGACUCUCGAUCUUCCCAACGAGCGGGGUAGAAUCUUUGACACUUUUUCAUUCCACUUCUUUUGUUAUUUUAGCUUCCAUAUUUUCGGCUUUAACCCAAGUGAGAAAUCUGUGGUUAUUUGCUAGUAUAAUCCUAAGGAAAAAAUAUGUAAUUAGUGGAGCACUUCUACUAUGCUAUAUAGCAUUGGUGCUUUAAUGUACAACUCAAAGUUGUACCAUAACAUAAAAUGUAUAAGUUUAG